UAUGACUGUUGCGCUGUAAACGAGGUUACUGGAACAACCAACGACUUUGACACUACACCUUGGUGUACAACAUCUGGAUCUUGUCAACUUACUAAUUCACAGAUUCCGAAAUCCUGCUGCAAGGACACUAGCGAGGAUGAUUACCAAUAUGCCGAAACCAGUUGUCAUGCAAUUGUCCGCGUUGGAACUUAUAAAGAAGGCUGUUUUCAAAGACUUAAGAGUCUAAAUGACGUUUCCAUUGAUGUUUUUCAUACUCAAGUACUGUGUACUUUUGUGUUUCUUUUGGGGAUAAUAAAGGUUCUGGACCUUUUCUUUGCUUGUAUUUCCUGUUAUGGCAUGGUCAGGUAUUAUUUAUACAAAAUACGACACUGGUGCGCAUUAUGCAGACAUAGGGCUACAUGUAUCGAAGAUACCCAAAUGAACGAAAAUACCAAAAUGACCGAAAAUACAAAAAUGGCACAAAAUACCCAGACAACCCAAAAUACCCAAAUAGCACAAAAUACCCAGAGGACCAAAAAUACCAAAAUGGCAAUGCCAGACAAUACAGUGGAUAACUCGGACGUGUAAAAGAUAAUUUUUAGUUGUCAUUUGUCCAUUUGUUGUCAAGUUGUGGCUCUUCUUCAGAACACAAAAAUUAAAUGCCCUUAUUAAUCAAAGGAGAAAAAUAUAAAUUAGGUCCACAUCUGAAGUAAUUUAAAAUUUGAACGGCUAAUGAAUACAACAAAACAUUUUGGAAGUUAAAAAGCAGAUAAAACAAGACCUUGAUGAACCAAUGAAAAUGGAUUUACAUGUAAAUGAGGAUAUAUAAAAUUAAUUAUACAGUGUUAAGAUUCCUACUUUAAAAAAAAAUAUUUAUUUGAUAUUUUUAGAGAAUUGAGAAUAAUCUUAACAAUUUAAGCUAUUGAAAAAAGAAUGAAAUAAAAGCGUCUUAUCAAAAGAAAUACGAUUUGCUUAUAAUGAUAUUUCAACCCUUCCUUUUUCUGAAAAAGAGCAUAUUGAUUAUUUAGUUUUGUUCGUGGCAUUAAUUAUGUUUGCUUUUUUAAAAAAUUAGGUUUUAACCAUGACUUUGAUUCUAUUUUUUACAAUGGCUGCAGUGUAAUUAUUGAAAAACAAAUCAUGCAGAAUCCUUUGUGUUACGUGCCUGAUCGUUCGUGUAAAGUGAAAGAUCGUGUGGAUCGGGUUCAGUCGUUGGAGGAUUUCAUCGUGAAUGGUUCUGAGACAUUAGAACUGCAAAAUAUUGUUUUGUGAGUUUUUGUCAGAACGUAUAUUAAAUGUGCGUUUAUAUUUUAUUAUACCUCUGUUGAUAUUACUCGAAUUUGAAUGGCUUUUAGGACUGCUUAAAACUCAAUAAUGACUCCAAAAAUACUUUUUACAGUGAUAAUGACAUAGGUAGCAUAAAAACCUGAACAUUAUGAUCAUUGACCUUUAAGUAAUGAUCUGUUAAUCAUAAUUCUUGUUUAUGAAGAAGGUAAUACAUAAAAUCAUAAUUAUUCGAGAAAA